AUGUCUUCGUUAAGCCGAGAGUUGGUGUUUCUCAUACUGCAAUUCCUAGAAGAAGAGAAAUUCAAGGACUCUGUUCACAGGCUUGAGAAAGAGUCAGGAUUCUUCUUCAAUGUAAAGUAUUUUGAUGAGCAAGUUCUUGCUGGAGAAUGGGAUGAGGUUGAGAAGUACUUGUCAGGGUUUACGAAAGUUGAUGACAACAGAUACUCAAUGAAGAUUUUCUUUGAAAUCAGGAAGCAGAAGUAUCUCGAAGCUCUUGAUCGGCAAGAUAAGGCGAAAGCAGUUGAGAUAUUGGUGCAGGACUUGAGAGUCUUCUCCACUUUCAACGAGGAGCUUUUCAAAGAAAUCACUCAGCUUUUAACUCUGCACAACUUCAGGGAAAAUGAGCAGCUUUCCAAGUACGGAGACACUAAAACUGCUCGGGGCAUAAUGUUAACAGAGAUAAAGAAGCUAAUCGAAGCCAAUCCUCUUUUUCGUGAUAAGUUGAUGUUCCCAACUUUGAGAUCUUCGAGACUGCGGACUCUGAUUAAUCAAAGCCUUAAUUGGCAGCACCAGCUGUGCAAGAAUCCAAGGCCAAACCCAGAUAUCAAAACUCUAUUCACCGACCACAGUUGCACACUUCAGAAUGGUCCUCUGGCACCUUCAGCAGUCAAUCAGCCUGUGACAACUUUGACAAAGCCAGCAGCUUUUCCGUCGCUUGGAGCUCAUGGUCCCUUUCCUCCUCCUGGUGCUGCUGUUGCUGCUGCUGCUAAUCCUGGUGCUUUAGCUAGUUGGAUGGCUACUGGCUCUGGUGCUUCGGCUGUCCAACCUGCCGUUGUCACACCUGCUUUGAUGCCUCUACCUCAGAAUCAAGUGUCAAUCUUGAAGCGACCAAGAACACCACCACCAACUCCAGGUAUAAUAGAUUAUCAGAAUCCUGAUCAUGAACUAAUGAAGCGUCUCCGUCCUGCCCCACCUCUGGAGGAGGUGACAUACCCUGCUCCUAGGCACCAAGCUCCACCGUCGCUGGAAGACUUGCCAACAGAGAUGGCUAUGGCGUUGCAUCAAGGGUCCACUGUGACAAGCAUGGAGUUCCACCCUCUGCAAAAUACGUUACUUCUUGUCGGAUGUGCGUCUGGAGAAAUCACAUUGUGGGAUCUCGCCUUUCGAAAGAAGCUGGUGUCAAGGCCAUUCAAAAUAUGGGACAUGGCUAAUUGCUCACAUCAGUUUCAGGCUUUGAUAGCUAAAGAAACACCAAUAUCCGUCACUCGCGUUGCAUGGAGUCCAGAUGGAAAGUUCAUUGGGGUUGCGUAUACGAAACAUCUUAUUCACUUGUAUACUUUCGCUGGACCUAAUGAUCUUCGCCAGCAUAGUGAGAUUGAGGCCCAUGUUGGAGCUGUGAACGACUUGGCUUUCGCUAAUCCACACGAACAACGAUGUGUAGUUACUUGUGGAGAUGAUAAGCUAGUCAAGGUAUGGGACGUUUCAGGUCGGAAGCAUUUUACCUUUGAAGGUCACGAUGCUCCUGUUUAUUCCAUUUGCCCUCACCACAAAGAGAACAUUCAGUUCAUAUUCUCUACGGCUAUAGAUGGGAAGAUAAAGGCAUGGCUUUAUGAUAAUAUGGGUUCCAGAGUUGACUACGAUGCUCCUGGUAAAUGGUGUACUACGAUGCUUUACAGUGCUGAUGGGACUAGAUUGUUUUCUUGUGGAACGAGUAAAGAUGGAGAUUCUUUCCUAGUUGAGUGGAAUGAAAGUGAAGGAUCAAUAAAAAGGACCUAUCAUGGGUUUCUGAAGAAGUUGCCAGGUGUGGUUCAGUUCGAUACCUCAAAGAACCACUUUCUUGCUGUUGGUGAAGAUGGGCAAAUCAAGUUCUGGGAUAUGAACAACAUCAAUGUUCUGACUAGCACUGAUGCUGAGGGUGGACUUCCGGCUCUUCCUCGUUUGAGAUUUAACAGGGAAGGCAAUCUUCUAGCAGUUACUACUGCAGAUAACGGAUUUAAGAUCCUGGCGAACCCAGCUGGUUUCCGAUCUCUGAGAGCCAUGGAAUCUUCAGCUUUUGAUUCUAUGAGGACUCCAGUCGAUUCUUCUGUAAACAAAGCUGUUCCUGGUGCUCCCGUUGCAUCUGUCAGCUCUAAAGUUGAACGAGGCUCUCCUGUUAGAAUCUCAACAAUGCUGAAUGGAGUUGAUCCCUCAAAGUCAAGAAUCGAUGAGUCAACAGAGAAGCAAUUAGCUGAAAUCUUGGACCCUGCACAGUGCCGCCAGACUACUUUACCCGAAACCGCUGGUUCUUCCACAAAGGUCGUUCGACUUUUGUAUACAAAUUCCGGCGGUGGAAUCUUGGCACUAGGUUCUAAUGGUAACCAGAGACUCUGGAAGUGGAUUCGCAAUGAGCAGAACCCUAGCGGAAAGGCAACUGCUACUGUUGUUCCUCAGCAUUGGCAACCAAACAGUGGUCUUCUCAUGACCAACGAUGUUUCUGGUGUAAACCUUGAAGAGGCUGCUCCAUGCAUAGCUCUCUCUAAGAACGACUCUUAUGUCAUGUCGGCUGCUGGAGGCAAAGUCUCGUUGUUCAACAUGAUGACUUUUAAGGUGAUGACAACAUUCAUGCAACCUCCACCGGCUUCAACAUUUUUGGCGUUCCAUCCUCAGGACAACAACAUCAUUGCUAUUGGAAUGGAGGACUCCACCAUUCACAUCUACAAUGUCCGAGUCGAUGAGGUCAAAUCGAAGCUGAAGGGUCACCAGAAACGCAUCACUGGAUUAGCAUUUUCUACAACUCUCAACAUCUUGGUUUCAUCUGGUGCUGAUGCACAGAUAUGCUUUUGGAGCAUUGACACAUGGGAGAAGAGGAAAUCGGUUGCAAUACAAAUGCCAGCAGGAAAAGCCGCCAAUGGAGACACGCGUGUUCAGUUUCACGUGGAUCAGAUCCGUAUCCUUGCAGUCCACGAGACGCAACUUGCGAUAUUUGAUGCUUCCAAGAUGGAAUGUAUACGACAGUGGACUCCACAAGACUCGUUGUCUGCUCCGAUAUCUUCAGCUAUGUACUCAUGCAACAGCCAGCUGAUCUACACAGCUUUCCGCGAUGGUAACAUUGGAGUGUUUGACGCAGACACUCUCAGAUUAAGAUGUCGUAUCUCUCCAUCCGCCUACUUGCCCCAAGGGAACCAAGGCUUGUCCCCUCUAGUUGUGGCAGCUCACCCGCAAGAGCCAAACCAGUUUGCGGUCGGUUUGAAUGACGGGUCGGUUAAGGUGAUAGAACCGACCGAGGCUGAAGGCAAGUGGGGGAUGGUUCCACCCUCUGAAGCCAUCAACAACACUUCACCUUCUACUACAAGCAACCAAACUCCAGAACAGUUGCAAAGAUGA